GCGGGACCCUUGACCCAUCAGGAGCAGUGGGGCGGGAACGGCUGAGUUCCGAGUCCACAGUCUCCCCGAGGCCAGCGCGGCAGACCUGUGGCGGCUGGUGACGCGCGCAGACCCCGACCUUUCUCCCGCCUCUCCCCGGGGUGGCGCUCGCUGGUGACGUCGGCGGUAUGAUGGCUGCGGCGAGGCCGGGAAGGUGAAGAUAGGGCCCUGAUUACCGCCCUUUCCACCUCCAAGGCUGGAGUAAGGCAGUUCCACUUAAUUGAAAACAAGUGCGCUUUGGAGUCAGGAGAGAUGGUAUUUCAGUUCCCAGCCUGUGCUCAGUUCUGCAAUCCUUGAGCCUGGUCCUUGCCCUGAUUCUACUCACACCUCUCCUCUCACCCUUCGGAGUCAGAACUGGUGGAGUCAACACAAUCAGUAGCCAACCCCAACUUGAGCCAGCACAGAGGAGAACUCAAAUUCUUUUCAUCUUUUUGACUCCAGCCAUGUUCACGAUGCCUACCCUGUGAGGCCUCUCAGCAGCUAAAAACUUCUCCUCUGUUCCAGUUGUGCCAGCAGACGAUCCGUGGAUCCAUUUUAUUUUCCCUGCUAGGAGUUGCUGUGCAUAAAACUGGCGCAAUGUCCCUGCUCUUCUCCCGAUGCAACUCCAUCGUCGCGGUCAAGAAGGAUAAGAGACACAUGGCCGAGGUGAACGCCUCUCCGCUCAAGCACUUCGUCACUGCCAAGAAGAAGAUCAAUGGCAUUUUUGAACAGCUCGGGGCCUACAUUCAGGAGAGCGCCGCCUUCCUCGAAGACACCCACCGGAAUGCAGAGCUGGACCCGGUUACCACAGAGGAGCAGGUGCUGGCUGUCAAGGGCUACCUCUCCAAGGUGCGCGGCAUCAGCGAGGUGCUGGCCCGGCGGCACAUGAAAGUGGCAUUUUUCGGCCGGACGAGCAACGGGAAGAGCACAGUGAUCAACGCCAUGCUCUGGGACAAGGUCCUGCCCUCUGGCAUUGGCCACACCACCAACUGCUUCCUGCGGGUGGAGGGCACGGACGGCCACGAGGCCUUCCUCCUCACAGACGGCUCUGAGGAGAAGAGGAGCGUCAAGACGGUGAACCAGCUGGCGCAUGCGCUGCACCAGGACGAGCAGCUGCAUGCCGGCAGCCUGGUGAGUGUGAUGUGGCCCAACUCCAAGUGCCCACUGCUGAAGGAUGACCUCGUGCUGAUGGACAGCCCCGGCAUCGAUGUGACCACAGAGCUGGACAGCUGGAUUGACAAGUUUUGCCUGGAUGCUGACGUGUUUGUGCUGGUGGCCAACUCGGAGUCCACCCUCAUGCAGACGGAAAAGCAGUUCUUCCACAAGGUGAGCGAGCGCCUGUCCCGCCCAAACAUCUUCAUCCUGAACAACCGCUGGGAUGCGUCUGCCUCGGAGCCUGAGUACAUGGAGGAGGUGCGGCGGCAGCAUAUGGAGCGUUGCACCAGCUUCCUGGUGGAUGAGCUGGGUGUGGUGGAUCGCGGCCAGGCUGGAGACCGCAUCUUCUUUGUGUCUGCCAAGGAGGUGCUCAAUGCCAGGAUCCAGAAGGCCCAGGGCAUGCCUGAAGGAGGAGGCGCUCUGGCCGAAGGCUUUCAAGUGAGGAUGUUUGAGUUUCAGAAUUUUGAGAGGAGGUUUGAGGAGUGCAUCUCCCAGUCUGCAGUAAAGACCAAAUUUGAGCAGCACACGGUCCGGGCCAAGCAGAUAGCCGAGGCGGUUCGCCUCAUCAUGGACUCUCUGCACAUCGCUGCUCAGGAGCAGCGGGUUUACUGCCUGGACAUGCGUGAAGAACGGCAGGAGCGACUGCGGUUCAUCGACAAACAGCUGGAGCUCCUGGCGCAGGACUACAAACUUCGGAUCAAGCAGAUAACGGAGGAGGUCGAAAGGCAGGUGUCCACGGCGAUGGCCGAGGAGAUCAGGCGCCUCUCUGUGCUGGUGGACGAGUACCAGAUGGAUUUCCACCCUUCCCCAGUUGUCCUCAAGGUGUAUAAGAAUGAGCUGCAUCGCCACGUCGAGGAAGGGCUGGGCCGCAACAUGUCUGACCGCUGCUCCACAGCCGUCACCAGCUCCCUGCAGACCAUGCAGCAGGAGAUGAUAGACGGCUUGAAGCCCCUCCUUCCUGCCGCCGUGCGGAGUCAGAUAGACGUGCUGGCCCCUCGGCAGUGCUUCUCCCUCAGCUACGACCUGAACUGUGAUAAGCUGUGUGCAGACUUCCAGGAGGACAUUGAGUUCCACUUCUCCCUCGGGUGGACCAUGCUGGUGAACAGGUUCCUGGGCCCCAAGAACACGCGCCGGGCCCUGAUGGGCUAUAACGACCAGGUUCAGCGUCCCAUGCCGCUGACGCCCGCCAACCCCAGCAUGCCGCCCCUGCCCCAGGGCUCACUCACGCAGGAAGAGCUCAUGGUUUCCAUGGUCACUGGCCUGGCCUCCCUGACGUCCAGGACCUCCAUGGGCAUUCUCGUCGUUGGUGGCGUGGUGUGGAAGGCAGUGGGCUGGCGGCUCAUCGCCCUGUCCUUUGGGCUCUACGGCCUCCUCUACGUCUACGAGCGUCUGACCUGGACCACCAAGGCCAAGGAGAGGGCCUUCAAGCGCCAGUUUGUGGAGUAUGCCAGCGAGAAGCUGCAGCUCAUCAUCAGCUACACGGGCUCCAACUGCAGCCACCAAGUCCAGCAGGAGCUGUCCGGGACCUUUGCUCAUCUGUGCCAGCAAGUUGACGUCACCCGGGAGAACUUGGAACAGGAAAUCGCUGCCAUGAACAAGAAAAUUGAGGUUCUUAAUUCACUUCAGAGCAAAGCAAAACUGCUCAGGAAUAAAGCCGGUUGGCUGGACAGCGAGCUCAACAUGUUCACGCACCAGUACCUGCAGCCCAGCAGAUAGUGGGCCACCGGCGGAGCCUCCCUGGAGGGCGGCGCUGCCUGCAGAGGGGCUGCCUCCUGGCCAGGCGGCUCCCGGCGCCGCUGCCGCCGCACGGCGAGAUUGAGUGUGUCCGUCUCAGACUGGCUCAAGCCCUUCGUCGCUAGUUAUUUCCCCCGCCUUUGCCUGCCGGUGCAGGAAGAUCUUCCAGCUCACCCCUGCAGGAGAGUUUUUAAGUUGGCAACUUUGAUGGCAUGGUACCGACAGGGGUGUCUGCUCUGCUCUGUCAGCCCAUUUGAGACUCACUUGACCGCUUGAUAAGACCUUGGCAUCUCCCAGCAUCACGGAACCUCAGCGGGGAGCCCCCCCGGUAUCAGGCAGACGCCCUCUCCAGCAACACUAACCCAGCCGGCGCUCCCGGGAGAAGCCUCCUAGGGGACGGUGGGGUUUUCUUCUCAGAGCACAGCAGCAGUAGUUCCAGAAGUGCAUCCAGGCCUGUGGCUCGUGUGGCAGUUUGGUCCUUCAGCUCUGACGCUUCAUCCCGCUGGCAGCCUUUUACAUGGUGAUGGUGGGGCUCCGUGCGCUGGGGGCCCAGGGUAGGCGGGCCCUGUGCCGUGGGGGGAAGAAGAGGUGCUGCGGAGGCGACUGGAGUCGUGAGGGAGCUUACGGGAGUGGUGUGUGGAGAGGGGUGUCCCGGGCGUGGGCUGAUACCAGUGGCCCCUCGUUCUGGUUUCAGUCCUCGGCCCUUGCCGUCUGGUUUGAUCAUUGGUCAGAGAGAGUUUGGUUGGGAUUGUUAAAGGAGGUAGAAGAAGGAAAGAUGGUGGGAGAAAGGACCUGGGUGAGCGCAGAACUGGGCCCUCUGACCUCACUGUAAGGGGCUCCUGGGGCCUGAGCCUCCCGCCCCCAGCUCGGGGGCAUCCCUGUCACGCCCCCGCGGAGAUGUCCCCACCGCUCCCCCGCCUCGCUCAAGACUGGGAAAGACCAGCCCCGGCCUCCCAUGCUCCCCGCUCCCCGCUGCCUCUGACUGACACGUGUGGCCUCGCGUUGACUUUGAGAAAUGUUUCUUGUGGUUGAGUUUUGGGAUCGUCACUGGUGGAAGUGGGGCAGCUUCCGUCUCCGGGGCGUUCGCCACCUGGACAGGCAGCCUUCGCUGUGCAGACCAGAGACCCGAAGCCAGCAGGACUUUCCCAGAGGAGGCAGCUCCCUGCUGGGUGGCGUGGGGGGGGCCUUGCCCCCCCGCCCUGCACAUGCCCUCAGCCUUCCCCGUUACGUGGCCAUGAGUAAGGGCCUGGUGUGGCUGGGGGUGCCCCAGACGAUGGUCCCCUCACAGCGUGUCAGAAAAAAUCAGUGUCACACAACCCGAAUGAAUUUCGUGCUUUUUGGAGAAAAAAAUGACUUAGAAUAACUACACAUGAAUUUUUUAAACGCAGCCCCUGGGUAGUAAACGCAAUUUUGAGUUUCAUUUCCUACCGCUGCGGGAGAGACUUUCUGAAAGUAUCACAAAAAGCACUUUAUUGUCAUGCUGCUAACCUUGUUCUGUUUUUAUGUUCUUUUGCUGGAGUGUGAGACAUGCUUGACACAGCGAGUUUCCUCUGAUGUAUUUAAGGUGAUCUACUUGCCUGAGUUACUCCUGUAUCAUUGCUGAUAAUAUUGGAAACUAAAAUAAAGCCGGUUGGAAACCCU